GUGAACACAGUGAAUUAAAUGCUUGCUACUCUUGCACUAUGUAGUUAACAAGGUGUUAGUAUACAUGCUGUCCAUUUUCGUUUUCUGUAGUUCAUUCCGGUGAUGGAUGGCGUUAUCGUUAUCUACGUGACAAGCCAGUGGAGUGAUUAUCGAAGAACCACACCCUUAUAAAACUUAUAAUUUUCUAGUUAUUAGCCUAAUCAUUAUUAAGAUAACUUGCAUUGCAACGUCGAUGUCUUCAGCAAUGUGUGCCUUUCUGUGUUGUAGCAGUGCCUAUGUGUUUUAUUCCGUUGAUAUCAGUGAUCCAUUCGUCUAGAUAGCCUUGAUUCCUUUGUAUUGAAAGUGGGUCCAGUGAUAGCUAUAAUAUUGCAGAUGCACGGCCCGUUGACCUGCGGCUUUAAAGCGUAGUGGAUCGGGAAUUUUGUUUUUAAAUGCCGAAAAGCAUAAACCUUUUCCAUUAGCAUAAAUUGAUGCGUAUUAUAGUGCUCAAAACAUUUACGUUCGCAUGAACACUCAAACAUUGUUGGGCAUUUUGUAAUUUACCAGGCUGCCUUAAAUUGUUCCGACUUUAGUGUUCGAACUAGACUGCGUCAUUGGGGAUUUACAACACAUUCAGUCCAUUUAUCAGAUAUCAAAUGCAGUAUUAUUAGCUGCCGCGUACAAUUUUACAUUCACAAAAGCGACAUAUUUGUCCACUGACACUGUCCUUGCGGCUCCUUAACGUAGCGAAUUUGUUCGAGAACAAUGGCUACAUUUAUACUAAAUGCAGACAAAAUGUAGCCUAUUUCUCUCGGCACUGAAGCGCAGAGAAUAGCUACAUUUAAAGGGCGACUCGUCAACGCAGUGACGAUAUACAGUGUUUAGCAUAGGACUUGCGGUGAGACGUUGAAUAAAAGCUCACGAAAGUUUCGUGUUCAACAGUAGUUUCCAGCUGUUCAGAAACACGUUAUAUUUAUGGCUAGCCUAUACUAUUAUAUAACACUAAUUUAAGCUUGUCAAGAUUAGACGCGUUUGGUAAAUCGGCUACAGGUGCAGUAGGCAAACCGAUAUAUUAUGGUUUCAUUAGUUUCGUUUUUAAAAUCAAACCUUCACAAACUAUAGAUUUCUUGACAUUUAACGUUUACACUACUUUACACAUUUAGAAACUAGGAUAUAUACGAACACUACCUCCCCAAAACGUGUUGACACAUUCCCUAACAUUCCCAAUAAUGUGGAUGUGUGUUAAAAACGUACAACGGCGUAUGACGAGUCGGUCUACCUCCUAUUAAAUUUUAGAUAUAAAGAUUAUGUCUGAUUCAAAAUCUAAGAUGAAUCAUUUUAACUUGGACUGUUUUUAUUCCUUACGUUCAAUAGGCCCAAGCGAAAAUAAAGGAAAUGCUCGGCUGCGUUUUUAUUGCACGCGCAAAUUCAAUUCUAAAGGAAUGUUAAACCUGGUUAAAUUCCAAUGGUAAUACAAGUUUAAAAUCGAUGCCCUUUGUUCUCGCAUGAUAUACGCUCUCCCUAGCGUUUAUUUUUUGUCUUAUCUAUAUCGAAGAAUUCGCGAAUACUGCGUUUAAUUUGAUUAAUUGUAACGGAAAAACUCUUGCUUAAGCCUCGGUUGCUAUUGUUCUCCUACUGAAAUGCGCAUUGUACAUUCUUAAUCCAGCCAAAGUAAACAGUGUAUUCAUUCCGAGUAAUGGCAUGAACUGGCUUCAUAAUUACCUGUGUAAUUAUCUGCAUACAGUAAAUAUGUACAGUGUCUAGCUUCUUCCUCCACCAUGAAAGUAAUUGAAGAUGUCCCCUCACCCUUUCUCCAUAACAGUAUGUGAUGGGCAACCUGAGAUGUAUGUUUUCCUCUCUCUUUUUUAAGACUCUGCUGCUGGUUGAAUAGGCCUAUGUGUGAGUGAUGGGCCUAUUUAUCUAAAGCAAACCCUUAAACUGUUGCCAGCUGCCUUGCCCGGGUGUAGGCCAGGGGGUCUGUUGCCUGACUUGAUGAUGUGUGGGCUUGAGUCAGUGAUGAUCGCUGGCGGUUAGGGACUUGCGGCCUGAAGAUGACAGCUUCAGACUCUGAUUGCUCCAUUGACUGGCUGGCCAGCGAUGACGAUGACGACAGCAGCAGCAGCAGCAGCGGCGGCGGCGGCGGUUGCCGUGGAGACGGCGCCUCGGAGGCCGACAGCGCCGGGCGGGUCACGCCCGAGCCCGAACCCGAGCCGUCGGGGGAGCCCCCCGGCGCGCCCCCCCGGCGCUGGACCGCCGCCGGCCCCCCCCGGGGCCACGUGACCGAGGGCAGCGGCCACGACUCCGAGUCCUGGGGGCGGCGGGCGCCUCAGGCCGCACCCGAGUGCCACACGGCCCAGAAGAGGCCCUGCUGCCAGGGGCCAGAGCUCCGGGCGAGGCAGGGGGCCGAGGCUGACAAGCUGCUGCAUCACAAGUGCAGGCAACUGCAGUGCUACACCCUUCCACUGACUUCCAUCCUCAACGGCCUCCAGUCCGGAAGAUACCGAGAACGUCUCACCAGUUUCCAGGAGAGUGUGGCCAUGGACAGGAUCCGGAGAAUAUUGGGGGUCUUGCAGAACCCAUGUAUGGGUGAACGCUACAUAAACAUCGUUCUGAAAUUGGAGGUGAUGCUGAAGACCUGGUUCCCCAAUGUGAAGCCCUUCGAGCAGCAGGUGGAAGACCAGGACUCCACACCGUCCAAGAGGCAGAAGAUCUCUCCAGCCGGCAUGGCCCCUUCCGUCUCUGCCUCUGCCUCAGUCCCAGGCUCCCUCUGCGCCCAGCCCUCCGACAGCAAGGCCCAGCCAGGCAGCGAGGGCGCCGGUCCGGGCGUGCACUCCGCCACGAACCUCAAGUGGCUCCACACGUCCCCCAUCUGCUCCCCCGCCGAGGAGACGCGGGGGAGGCUGCCGUGGCAACGGGCCGCGGCCGGGCGCCGGGCCGUCACCCAGGACAACGCCGUCUCCUCCAGCACGGGCCCCGACGCCAGGGGCGACCCGCCGCCCGGCCCCAAGCCCCUCCCCCCGCCGCCCCUCAGCCAGCCCCCCUCCGGAAAGAUCAGCGCGCCCUGUCUGGAGAGACUGCUGAAGUCCACAGAGAGCAUCGUCACGCGCCGGGGCGGCGGGGGCGCCGUGGAGAGCGGCUGGUCGUAGUACAGGGCCCGUGGAGGGCAGGGGCGGCGGGGCCUGGAGCCAGUCCACUCCGGACACAGAUCCAUUCCAGCCUUUAGCGAGAGCCGGUGUCCAGGGAGAAAAGCACAGCCUCAGCUGUCCAUAGUGAACGAACGGUGAACUCCAUUCUGUACCCGCGCCUGUCCACGUGGGUGCCCCCUUUUUCAGUUUUUGUCGGUUGCCGUGUACUUUGAACCCUUUUUUUUGGAGCCACAACCUCUGUGAGCGGCGGCCACGCCUCCCCAGGAGCACUGCUUUCAUUUGGAAAAUUAGCAUUUUCUCCAUGGCAACAAGGCUGCUCCAGGCUUUGGAUUGAUAUUUUAUACAGGAUUGAUUUCUGUGGGGAAAUAAAAACGACAAAAAGGGAACGGGAAAUGUGAGCAAUGGGAACACCAGAAAUUCGGAAAGGUUUGGCGGGGGGCGGGCGGGGUGGGAGCUGUGUCCGUUACAAUGUAAAUUCCUAGACGUGUAUGUGUGUGUAAAAUAUGUUUGUGAGCGAUUUCUCUUUUGUUUAAAACUUCAGUUCAAUUUAUACUUGUAGCGCUCUUUACAGAGCUUUACAGAAAACGAUUCAGCCGUCAGUUGAGUUUGAUGUGACUGUUACUCCGUUGACGUAUGUUGUCGUUAAAGUUUUGACGCAACACUACUACCUCAGGAUGAAGCAGCGUCAUGGUUCCUUAAAUAAAUUACGGAAAGAAACUGCAAAGUGAGGGCCCCCCCAGCAGGUGCCUGAGGUGAGGCCGGCCGGCCCAGGUGGACGGAGCUUGGUGCAGGUUGCUCCGCUCGUGCAAACGGGGGCAGGCGUGACCUUGGCGUGACCUUGGCGUGACCUUGGCGUGACCUUGGCGUGACCUUGGCGUGACCCAGGGACACCAGCGGGCGGCAUGUUAAAGAAUGUGAACUGCCGAGUGUUUUUGUUUUUGUUUCUGUUUUUUUGGGUCAAAGGCGAAUGGUGCCUGUCAAUCCGUGCCUGUCAGUCGAUUGGAUGCAUAAGGGCGCCAUCUUGGGCAGGGGUGUGAAACUCCGGCCCUGGAGGGCCGCAGUGUCUGCGGGUGUUAGUGGUUUCCUUUCAAUCAGCAGGCGAUUAAGGCUUUGAGAACAAGGUGUGCUCACCAAAAACCAGCAGACACUGCGGCCCUCCAGGACCGGAGUUUGACACCCCUGAUCUCAGGAGACCAUGUCCAAGGGGCGGUGUGCAAAAUCCAUGCUACGGGCCUGCCUCAGCUCCCUUCCCGUGUCCUGUGGUCCUGCGAGUUACUGACUCUGCCAGCUGUGUUCAGAGGGCUCGGCCGUAACGGCGUUUCUGUCAAAGCCGAAACCGUCGGGUGUGUUAACGCAGACCCAGGAAGAACUGGGAGGGCAUUGACCUUUGUGUGUGCAUUUGGAAAAGGUUGCAGGUUGUUAAUCAAACCCGACAAAAGUGGCCUUUUCAAUGUGACAUUUUAUACUUUCAAAAUAAACGUGGUUAUAUUUGUUUGGCGUAAAA